GGGGCCCGCCAAGCGGCGGAGCGGCCCGGUUUCGCUGCGGGAUACGGAGGGGCCUUGGCGCUGCUGGCCCAGGCUCCGCAGCGUCUCUGGACCCUCGCGGCCCCGGGGCACCCGAAGUCCCGGUCCUGGACCCACCAGUCCCAAGCCGCCCUUUGCCACAGGUGGCUCUCAGGCAACCAUGGAGGACCCACAGUGCCUGCAGGCCAACUGCUUCUUCCGUGGCAAGGAGCACAGCAUCCAGCUGAGUGUGAGCCAAGCAGUGCUGGAGGUGGAGGUGCAGGAGCGCUGCAGCACCAAGCGCUGGCGGGGCCGCUUUGAUGCUGCCUCUGUCGAGGACCUGACGCGCAAAACGGGCAACUUCAAGCAGUUUGGGAUCUUCUGCAGCAUGCUUGAAGCAGCACUGAUGAAGAGCAGCGAGGCUGUCAGCCUGGAGCUGCUCACCUACGGUGACCUGGAGGCCCUGCGGUGCUGUAAGGCAGGGGUGGCAACACAUGUCCCCCCCUCAGCCUCGCCACUCAGCAGCAAGCGGUACCUCAUCCUCGUCUACUGCGUUGAAUUUGACAGGAUCCACUACCCGCUGCCAUUGCCCUACCGUGGUGAGGCAGACGUGGCUGCGCUGCGACGCCUGGUGCAGGAGCAGCAGGACGAGCUGGCACACCUGCGGGAUGAGCUGCGGUGGGCGCAGCAGGAGAUGUGGAGGCUGGAGGACAAAAGGCUGCGGGAUGAGGCCUGGCAUCAGCAGGAGCAGCAGCGGAUGACCAAGGAGCUGGCAGAGGUGAAGGCGGCUGAAAAGAUGCUGCGGGCACAUGUGAAUAUGCUGACGGCUGAGUUGGUGGCGUGCAGGAAAGGGCGCAGCACAUCAGCCACAGCACCAGGCCCCCCACGGAAUUGCCACCGCUCUAACUCCCGGGACAGCCGCAGUAGUAGCCAAGGCCGCCUGCCACCACGGUCCCCAUCUCCUGCAGGUGAGGGACAUGGGGAUGUGGAGACCUUCCUGGGACCCCUGCAUGUUCUCCCUCCCCUUCUGUUUUCCCUAGGUUCACGGCCACCGCGCUUCAACCCCACAGCCUUUGUGAGAGCCCGCGAGCAACGGCGGCAGGAGGCUGAGCUCCGAAGGCAGAAGCUGCCACGUGGGACAGUGUCAAAUGGUGACGACUGUAAGAGGAGGUGCAGGCGCAGCUCUUCGGCUGAAAGUUUCCAGAGCCAGCGCUCAGCACUGAGCUCAGGCAGUGAGGCUGGCACGUGUCCCCAGCGCCGCAGCAGGGGCUUGGGGGGUCCUAGCACCCGGAGUCCACUGAGUGCUUCAUCCUGCAACAGCACUAGUGUGGCAUCUCACCUGGAUAGGGGCCGCAAACAGCAGGGGAAAGAGAACCUGAGCACAGAGCCCUCAGCCACACUGUCUGAAAUCGAUGCCCGGCUUCAAGCCCUGCAGGUCUACAUCAGCACCCUGGGCACUCACACGUGAGCCCCCCAGGGGCCACCAGAAGCUCGCCUCAGAGGGACCAGACCCAGGCAUUGGUGUGCCACGAGGCCACCAGUGCCCAGGCUGUGUCCCGACUGUCCCCCAGAGGGAACAGCACUGGCAGGAUGUGGUGUAAUAAAUACCUUCAUGGCUGUGCGGGA